AAUGAAAGUUAACUCUUCCUUCAGUUCUCCUUCAUCAGCUUCAGAAGUACACGAAAGAAAAAGAAAUGCUGAGUCUUCAGGCUUUGUCUUACUUAAAAGUUUUCUUAGCCUUAGUUGUUAUAGCAUAUUCUCAUCAUGCCUUAGCUUCCAGCCGCCGUCUGGCCAAGACAACCAGUGAUCAAGCUGCCACUGCACCGCCUACCGGUAUAUGCCACACUGCCGAGAUCAUUCAUGGUUAUGAGUGCCACGAGUUUCACGUUACUACAGCUGAUGGAUUUAUUUUGAGCCUGCAAAGAUUUCCACAAGGUAAAACUGGAGGCGGUGGAAGUCAUAAGCAGCCUGUCUUGCUGCAACAUGGAGUUCUUGUGGAUGGAAUGACAUGGCUGCUGAAUCCAGCCAACCAAUCUCUUGCACUGGUAUUAGCUGAUAAUGGUUAUGAUGUGUGGAUUGCUAAUACCAGAGGCACCAGAUUCAGCCGAAGACAUGUAUCGCUUGAUCCCAGUAAUCCGGAUUUUUGGGACUGGACAUGGGAUGCUUUGGUAGCUCAUGAUUUACCAGCCACAAUCGAUUUUGUGUUCAAACAAACUGGGCAGAAGAUACAUUAUGUAGGCCACUCACUGGGAACUUUAGUAGCUCUAACUUCAUUCUCAGAAGGAAAACAAGUAGACAAGGUGAAAUCAGCAGCACUGCUAAGUCCAAUUGCUUACUUGAACCAUAUGACCACUGCACUCGGUGUUCUUGCAGCCAGAGCCUUUGUCGGUGAGAUCACUACAAUCGCCGGUUUUGCAGAAUUCAAUCCAAAAGGAGAGCCAGUAGCCAACUUUCUCAAGGCAUUGUGCCUUGAUCCGCAAGUAGACUGUUUUGAUCUAAUCACCGCUCUUACAGGCAAGAACUGCUGUCUCAAUACUUCUACUGUUGAUCUCUUCUUGAAGAAUGAGCCUCAAUCGACAGCAACGAAGAACUUGGUGCAUCUAGCUCAGACCAUUCGAGACGGAAGAUUGGCCAAAUACGAUUACGGAAGCGCAGACUUCAACCAGGAGCAUUACGGUGACUCUCAGCCUCCUGUCUAUAAUCUGUCCAACAUUCCGCACGACCUUCCUCUUUUCCUGAGCUAUGGAGGCCAGGAUUCGCUUUCAGAUGUUAAAGACGUGCAGAAGUUGCUUGAUAAUCUGAAGUUGCAUGAUGUAGACAAGAUUAACAUUCAGUACAUCGAAGAUUUUGCACAUUCAGAUUUCAUAUUGGGAACCACUGCCAAGGAUAUCGUGUACAAUCAAAUGAUGGCCUUCUUCAAGCGCCACCAGUAGACAGUAGUAGUCAUAUAUAAACUAGGAUUUUUUGCCCGCUACGCAUGGGUAGAGAGAUGAUUUUUUCCGCAAAAUUAAUUGUGACCAAAUUCUCAAAAAUACUGUUUGCUAUUAAUUUUUUAUUUUACUAAUAAAACCUUUUUUUUAUAC